CAACCACAGAAGUACUGGAGAUCUAGCAAUGCUACACAGCAACAUUACAAUGCAACAGCAUGAUUACGAUGCAAAGUUAUAUUCGGAUGUCGCAGAACACACUUUCCCGUUAUUAAAAAGGGUGCUUAACCGUUUAUAACAUGACCUUUGAAGUGCCACCAGAACAACCUUCUGGAGUCGAUAGGAAAGCGAACGCCCGAGCCAUUCCAGUUUCUGGAUGUCGGCUGCGCUUGCGGAACUGCCACGAAGAAGAUAUUAUUACCCAACAGCCCAGAUAGCGUGGACCGGAUCGUUGGAGUCGACAUAUGUUCCAACAUGGUCUCUUUCGCUCGAGAGCACAACGCUCAUCCGAAACUGGCCUACGAACAGUUGGACAUAACUGGAGACGUGUCCCAGCUUCUCGAGAAAUACGGACCUUUCGACCGACUCUACGUCUUCAACAGCUUGAACCGAGUGAAGGACCAGGCAGCGGCGUGGAGGAACAUGCAAAAGUUGCUGAAGCCUGGUGGAGAGUGUCUUCUUUUUUACUGCGCUUGGUACAUGACUCCCGACAUCUGGCGUGCGCUCGCCAAGAAGGACCGCUGGAGUAGGUUUGCAGAGCUUUGGGAAAGCUUGAUACCCAUUACACAGGAUAUGCAAGGUACGGAGGAAAGACUCAACUACGUGCGAUCAUUAGCGAAGGAAACUGGAUUAGAGCUACGAAGUGGUGAAAUCGCUCACAUCUAUCUGCCCAUACAGGAUUACAGAGCUUUGAUGAUUCCUGUGACGCCAGGAAUUCAGACUCUCACUCAUGCUGAAAGGCAGACGCUGCAGAAGGACAUCGAAGAAGAAGUUCAAAAGUGGCAAGCGAGCAGAAAAAAUUCACCACUGACUGACAAUUACAUUAUACACGCAGUGAAGCCACGAGUGAAUAAUUAACGCUCGAGAACACGCUGAAAACCGUGA